UUCCAAAUAGUCCUGAUGACAAGGACGUCAUCGCUAACGAAAUUCGACCAAGAAACUCUAACUUAUUUAAACCAGGGUCAGUGUUAUGAAUUGAAGUUAAAAUGUUUAAAAGGCGCUGAAAAUGCCAAACUUCUCAAAAGUAUCAUAAAAAUAGCAUUCCACGAACGAAGGCUUCAGUAUUCAGAGCAGGAUGAGCUGAACAAGUGGAAGGCAGCUAGGCCUGGGGAGAGAAUCAUUGAUGUUGACAUUCCAAUGUCCAGUGAGAUAAAGCAGCUAAAAAUUGACCCGGAACAUGUCAACUCAAUCGAAAUAGGCUGGGAUCCGAAUCAACCGACGGAUAUUUCCAUUAAGAUUCACUGCAUAAGCACGGAGUUCACGGCGAACAAGCAUGGCGGUGAGAAAGGGGUACCCCUUAGGAUUCAGGUCGAUACCUACCUCGAUGACGGGAAACCUCAAAGCCCCACCACUACCACCAAUAACAACAACAACAAUAAUAAUAAUAAUGAUAAUAAUAAUAAUGAUAAUAAUAAUAUUAAUAAUUAUGGUCAGUUGGUAAAUAGUUCGUCCUGUCAGAUAAAAGUUUUUAAGCCAAAAGGCGCUGAUAGGAAGCAUAAGAGAGAUAACGAUAAACUAGCUAAGAUGGCCGUAACUCAAAAGGAACAUUUAAGACCAUCGUGCGACUAUACGAUUCUAACUGAGGUUAGUUGA